CUCGCUUCGAUCGGCGCAAGGUCUUAUCGUCGCGUGGAAGGAUUAAAAAAGUGGGAAAAUAUUUUCGAACGGGGUUGCCUACGCGACGAAAACAACGCAGUUGAAUCGAUACGAUCUUACGACCGAGAGCGUUCUCGAUUAUUCGCGUGCCUACUGUUUACAAAAAAAAUCGCAUGUGCGGUAUUGUACGUAUGACUUUCUCUGGUAGUUCGAAACAAAAAUAAAUUCGGCAGCGUUACGUAAAAAAGGCGAAAAACAUCGUAGGAUGAGCUUUGACGCCGUUUAUAUAACACUUUUGACAUGAUUUUCCGGGCGGUUCUGAACUUUUCGUCGCUAAGCGGUGCAAUUAGAAGAUUCGCGUCUUGCACUAAGUGCCCUGUAUCGGCCAGUUCGCAUUUUGCUGGUGUUUUGCGUCACGAGGUUGAAAGCCGUGGCCCGAUAUACAGGCCGCUGCGUUUUGUGAACUUUCGAAAUCAGUGCCUCAAUAUGUCGGGGGCGGGCACUUCGACGGAUUCGGGGGGUAAAAAAGUCAAUCGCCUGGCCAGCGAGAGGAGCCCCUAUCUUUUGCAACACGCUACCAAUCCCGUCGAUUGGUACCCUUGGGGCGACGAGGCUUUCGAGAAAGCGAAAGCCGAAGACAAGCCCAUUUUUUUGUCGGUGGGUUACUCCACCUGCCACUGGUGCCACGUAAUGGAGAAGGAGUCUUUUGAGAACGAAUCGGUGGCGAAAAUUAUGAACGAGCAUUUUGUUAAUAUUAAGGUCGAUCGGGAGGAGAGGCCGGAUGUGGACAAAAUGUACAUGUCUUUCAUCCAGGCCACAGUGGGCGGCGGCGGUUGGCCCAUGUCUGUGUUUCUCACUCCCGAUUUGGAGCCCCUGGCCGGCGGCACUUAUUUUCCCCCCGAGGACUCCAAAUACGGACAACCUGGCUUUAAAACUGUUCUGACCAACAUAGCCGAACAGUGGAAGACCAACAAGGCGACCAUACUGAAAUCCGGGAAGCACUGCGUCGAGAUCCUGCGCAGAAUAUCCGAAUCGGAGCGUCGCGACGCCUCCUCCGUCGCCGACGUUCCCGGCGAGGAUUGCUGGAAAAAGUGCGCCCUUCAGCUGUCCCGCUCGUACGAAGCGGACUACGGCGGUUUCUCGAUGGCCCCCAAGUUCCCCCAACCGUCCAACUUCAACUUCCUCUUCCACAUGUACUGGAAGGAGAAGAAUACGGAACGCGGCUUUCAGUGUCUCGAGAUGUGCCUGCACACACUCAAGAGGAUGGCGUACGGCGGUAUUCACGACCACGUGGGCAAAGGUUUCGCCCGGUACUCCGUGGACGAGCGCUGGCACGUGCCGCACUUUGAGAAGAUGCUUUACGAUCAGGCGCAAUUGGCCGUUUCCUAUUGUGACGCGUACGUCGUCACCAAGGACGAGUUCUACGCCGAGGUUGCCCGCGACAUCUUGACGUACGUGUCGCGCGACCUCAGCCACCAGAUGGGCGGGUUCUACGGCGCCCAAGACGCCGACUCUUACCCCGAAGCGGGGGCGCCUCGCAAACGGGAGGGUGCUUUCUGCGUGUGGGAGAACGACGAGAUUGUUCGGCUGCUCGGCGAUAAGGAGACGAGCGGCCUGAAACAUUCCGACGUCGUCGCCCACCAUUACGGCGUCAAGCCCGACGGUAACGUGAAACGGUCUCAAGAUCCGCACGGAGAAUUACGCUCCAAAAACGUACUCGCCUGUUUCGGCUCGUACGAGUCGACGGCCAGCAACUUCAACAUCACCGUCGACGCCGUCAAAACGAUAUUGGAUGAGGCGCACGCGACGUUGUACGAAGAACGAAGACGCCGACCCGCCCCCGACACCGACACCAAAAUCGUCACCUCCUGGAACGGCCUGAUGGUAUCCGGUUUCGCCAAGGCCGGGUUCGUGUUGAAAAAUCAAUCGUACAUAGAUCGGGCGAUCCGGGCGGCCGACUUCGUUCGCCGUUUUCUAUACGACGAGGAACGCGGGACGUUGCUACGAUGCUGCUACGGCGACGGCGCCGGCGUCGCACAGACGACGCACCCCGUCGACGGGUUCCUAGACGAUUACGCGUUCCUGAUCAGGGGUCUGCUCGACCUGUACGAAGCGUCUCUAGACGCUGACUGGCUGCAGUGGGCGGAGACGUUGCAGGAACGACAGGACGAGCUGUUCUGGGACGCGCAGCGCGACGGGUACUUUACGAGCCCCGAAGGAGACGCCAGCGUGCUUAUACGCAGGAAGGACGAUCAGGACGGUGCCGAACCUUGCGGUAACUCGGUGGCGGUCCACAACUUGAUCCGGCUGGCGAACUACCUUCAUCGCGACGACAUGCGCGAAAAAGCCGGAAAAACUCUGGCCUGUUUCUCGGAACGACUCAAAGCGAUGCCACUCGCCUUGCCCGAGAUGACGUCGGCGUUGAUGCUUUACCACAACUCCGCCACUCAGGUGUUUAUCGCCGGUCACACCGAAGAUAACCAUACUCAAGCUCUGCUGGACGUGGUCCGGGCCAGUUUUAUACCAGGCCGGAUUUUGGCGGUGGCCGAUGGUCCCGGCGGACGAGCGGGGCUCCUGUACCAAAGGCUCGAGACGUUGUCGAGGCUGAGGCCCAUCGGGGGCAAACCAGCGGCCUACGUGUGCAGGAACUUCACCUGCAGUCUGCCGGUUACCGAGCCGGACGAGUUGGCAACGUCGCUCGAUAACGAGGAGGUGUGACGCGAGAAUGUGCGCAGAACGCGUAAAAAUACGCAACAUUUGCCGUUAGUCGUUUAAAUUAAUGCGCGGUGAAACAAAUAGGAAGUUAUUCCCUAAAACUCCGAAAGUUUGGAUUAUUUUGACGCCAGUUCGUGUUAUAUAUGUAUGUUUUGUAAUAGGUUGGAAAUUUUGCAGCAAUAGGCCACGUGUACCCAUUUUUUUUAUUUGCUUGAAAUGUUUAUUGGUAAAUUUAGACCAUAACUGAUAACUUAUACAAAGUAACCUAUAACAUAGAGUUACGGUCGUCAAUCUUAAAUAUAAUAUAAUAUACCAUAGAAUUCAUACAUAAAGGGGUUUAAUACAAAUAGUUUUUCUCCACGAAUAAUAAUUAUCAGGUGGACUUCAGCAUAAUUAUUAAUAAUUUAAAAUUCGUGCAAGGGCCCUAUUGCAGGAAAGUUUUUUCGACAGAAUUUCCAAAUUUUCUUCACCCUCACUCUUCGUAAGAUAUCCUUCAUUUAAAAUUAUUUUUCCUAACAGUUGUGGUUUUAUUCCAUUGCCAAAUUUAAUUUGGAUUAAUUUUUUUUUUGCUGACAGGUUAAUUUAUACAGGGUGUUUGGUGAUAACUUGUAACCUGCUUGCUUUUCGUUAAUGCAUCUGUCAAAAUUUACAAUAUACAACAUCAGGAAAACAUACAUGAACAAAUAAUAGAGAUUAGAUUAGUGAUUAGUAAUAUAAUUGCAGGUCAUUUAGCAUUAUUUUUUUUUGGGAAAUAUGAUACAAUAUAUAAAUAUUUUAUUAAUAUUUAAUUUUGACUUAGUCAUCUGUUAGGUUAAUUCUGAAUCCUAAUUAUUUUAUUCUAGAGAAUUUCAUUAAUGGCUCUUCAAAAUUAUCCAUUUCAUUUAGUACAUCCUUGGCUUUGAUAUCUUCAUAAAUAUUAGACUGGACACCUUGUAUAAUAUUAUAAAUCUAGUGAGAAUGUUUAAGGAUUAUGUCCCGCAUUGAUAAGAGGUUAAACAAACGAUAACAAAAAAAUACAAAAUGUCUUUCUUGGCGCAAAUGAAGUUUGUUGCUCGUAAUGGAAGAAGCGAAAUGAAUGUUAAUAUGUUUUUUUUUCCCUCGGCAAAGAACAACCCGUUUUCUUUCCAGCGUCUGUCCCCCUGGUAAAAUCACUUAAAAUCACAAAGCGAAAUGGUAAUUUCGUCGGGUGCGAGAGGGUGGAGGGAACCCUCAUCCCUCAAAUUCAAAACCCUUAUUUGCAUGUUAUCGUCGUUAGUCGUGGCCGCAAUUUCACUUAAAUAUUGUGCCCACCACAGCUUUUUAUAUUAUUCGGGGAUGUUUCGUGGUUGGUGUCUGAAGAGGGGGGAGAAGUAGAGCGAGGGAUGUUACUAAACGUUUUUAUUUUCUUCGAUUUGCCGUAUCGGCAAAAGUUGUGAUAUCGGACAUUUUUAAGUUUUAGAUGGUCUCCUUGGAGGCCGUUUUAGUGUUAAUUUUUGAAGUUUUUCGACCUUAAGAGGUCGCAAUAAUUGUCGUUGAAGUGGGAUAUGAACCACACUUGUAUAUGGAAUUGACGAGAGCGUGGCCCGAAGGGCUCAAAAAAAAUUGUGAUAUUAGGUACGUCGCGGAAAAUGUUUAUAUGUUGGAAUAGGUAAGAAGUGUUGUAUGGUAACCUGUUUAAUUAAAAAAAUAAUAUAUUCAA